UUUUUUUUUUAAUUAAUUUAUUUUUUUUCUCCUUAAUUUUUUAUUUUUUUUUUUCCCCCCCAGCAAGGUGACUCGCAGUAAUUAGAAGGGAGCUCAAGAUGGCUGGAGUUUCAUCCAGCAAAGGAGCGAAGAGAAAGGUGGCAGCCAACGUUUUAGAGCCCCCGUCCAAAUCUCCCAAAGUCACCUUGCUGAGCCCCUCCCUCCUCCUCCUGGAAAUCCCUGCUGACACCAACACCAGCCUCCCGGUAUGGGAGGCCGUAAGAUCCCAGCGUGUUGACAUCGCCUGGACUGUCAAUCCCUACAGCAUCGGCGUUCAUUUAACCCCUGAGACCUCUCGGCAAGGGAGGGGCACAACUUCCAGCCAAAGUCAGAGCUCUUCCAGCGCCGCGCAGACCUCGGUGCUCGCAUCCAGCGCCCUGCAGCCUCAGAGGGUCCAGUCCGUCACUCAGCAACAUCGCGCCUCCCAGAACGCCUCCUGUGUCCUGCUCACCUUCUCCCACAACAGCACCCAAUCGCUGCAUUUCCCUCCAGGUCAACCACAGCAAAUACCGCCAAACCCCAAGCCAGCCACCUCCCUCAUCGUCUCCCUGCCUCUCAUCAUCACCCAGCCCCAGCCUGCCCACCAGCCCGGCACCACUACAACGAAUGGGGUCAUACCCACCACCCGGACCCCAGCAACCACGCCCACCAAGCUGCAAGCGCCGUCCAAAGCGCCCGUCCCGUCUCCUUUCCACACGAAGACCUCCCCAGACAUCCAGAUCUGCGACAGCUUCCUCUUAAGCAUGUGCCGCGGGGGGAAUAAGUGUAAGAUGCACCACACGCCCUACCCGUUUCACUGGCAGCUGAGGUGUGUGAUCACCCGCCAGUGGGUCGACAUCUCCCCCCGCUCUCAAGUCUUACUGGAAAGGAUCUACUGCGAUGUCAACCAAGAGGUGAUUGGCAUCAAAGAUGGACAUGUGCGCUACAGCCUGAACUUCAACUUGAUGGAGUUGGACGAACCAGCGAAGUAUGACGGCGUGAGACGCCUGAAUAACUCUGACAGUCUGGUCAGGAACCCUUACUUUCCCAGCAAAUGGAAAAUCUACUGGUGGAACAACCUCAGCUGGGAAGAGUACAGCAAGAAUGUGUCCACCUUGCUGCUGAAGAAGAUGAGUGAAAAAGAGCCCGAGUGUUCCUUCUACAUCAGCACACAGGAGUACAAGCUGGACUUCACCACCAUGACCCAGACCAACGUCACCACAGGGUUCCAGAGAGAAGUCCGCUGCAGACCGGUCUACCGCUCCCCUGAUUCCAUGCAGCCUUACCUGCAGACAGGAAUCCAGACUGACCCGGCUGCGCCUGCUAGUGUUCCUCCACAGGCAAACUUCGGGGUGGACCCUCUGGAGGAGUUCAGUUCCUGGUAUCCUCCGGUGUGGUGUCAAGCCUCAGGGGAUGAGUACAGCCUGGUACAUGUUCCGGCAGGGACACAGGCCUACCGGAGGGUCCAAAACCUCUUCUACGAGAGCCUGCCUGAGACCAAGGUGGACAUCGUCAGCAUCCAACAGAUUCAGAACCUCCUCCACUGGGACAAGUACCAAAGGCACAAGUCGUACAUGCAGAAGCAGCACAGCGAGUCUAAGGAGCCUCUGGAGAGACAUCUCUUCCACGGGACAACCAAAGAGGCCUCAGAAGACAUCUGCCACAACAACUUCGACCCUCGCAUGGCCGGGCUCAACGGAGCGUCCUACGGUUUCGGCUCCUACUUUGCCACCACCGCCUCCUUCUCCAGCACCUACUCAGCCAAGGUGGGGCCCGAUCAUGUUCGCCACAUGUUCCUAGCCAAAGUCCUGGUGGGGAACGUGAGUCUGGGAAGGAACAGCUACCGCCGCCCCCCACCGCUCAGCUCCAAGACGAGGCAGUACCACCUCUACGAUACCUGUGUGGACAACAUGGACAAACCUACCGUGUUUGUAGUUUUUGAUAGCUGCCAGUGCUACCCAUACUACCUGAUCAAGUACAGAGACCUGCCCAAAGAGAUUGAUAUUUGAUGUAAAAGAGGAUCGGGGUAGCGAGGGUGUUAGCUGGGAAGUUAACUGUUCAGACAGAAACAGUGUUAAAGGUGUUCAGUUGUAAGAUGACCUGACGUGUUAUCAGAUUCAUCAAAUGUUGUCAGGUACAGUUGCCGUCAGUGUUCAGUUUGCUUACAUAAAAAGUACAGAAUAUCUAGAUUAUGCGCAAUGAAGUUCUACUUGAAAGCAACAGAGAAUUGUAAGCAGACAGCUAGAAGGUUAAACUGCAUUCCAAAGCAUGCGAAGCACUUUAUUUUUCAAAAUGUUUUUAUUUUGGUUAUUUAAACAUUUUACAUUGAUGGAAAUAAGCACUUUUGUUUAGCUGUUAAAAGGUGUUCUGAUCAAAUUGACAUCUGUCACGUUUAUGAAAAUAAACUGUUCACUGGAUACAUUCAUCUCUCCGUGUAUUAACAUGAUAAACACGUUUGAUCAUC